GGCUAGUCAGUUAUAGAAAACCACUCAAUAUGAAGUCGUUCUUAUCUCUGUGCCUGCUGAUAGCUCUGGCUUUGGGCCAAGUUAGUGCUAGUUGCCCCGAAAACUGUCCCGAUACGGAGGAAGUCGUCUGGGCUCUUGGAGAUGGUUGCAAUGUGUUCCGCAACAAGUGCUACUUCGACAAGGAGAACUGCCGGCGAGAUACAGCGUUGACCAUCACCACCAAGGAGGAGUGCCAGCAAUACUGCGCAAACGCUUGCCCUCAGAACUACGACCCUGUGGGAGGUAUAUAUAAGGGCCAGGUGCGAAACUUUGGGAAUCUGUGCGAAAAGAUUGUUCACACCUGCCGGACUGGAGAAACCUUUGUCUAGUCAAAAAUUAAAAAUGUAAAGCCUCAAAGCGUGUAUGCAAAUAAAUGAAUUUACAAAUGUGUAGGUAACGAAAA